CUAGAAAAAAUCUCCGUCUAAAUAUAUAUAUAUAAAGCCUUUUACGGGAUUCGAACAGCGUCACCCCUUUCGUGAUUUCCAUCACCCACCGAAUUCCCACAGAAUUCCUGCUAAUAAGCUGUGCCGCCUGACCCGCCGACGGGACGUCAAUAUAAAGAGGAAGGUGGGCAGGUGAAGCGACGAACCUGACAUUUGUGUGACUGUGUCUGUGUACUAUCUGCGGCUCUGCUGCUUGCUCACGCCAUUGGCACGUGGGAACAUACACACACACAAUCUCUCUCUCUCUGCAUUCUAUAUAUGUGAGUUUGGUGGGCUCUCUCCGGUGGCGCUGUCUCUUCCGGUGAAAAUCCGAGCUACCAUUCACCUGUCAGAUUAGGUCGACGAGAUUUGCGAUUCUUCAGAUUGUCAGUCCACAGGUGUUUUCCUCUUAUUAGGCGAACAAGUCUUCUUCUUCUCUGGGUUUAUAGCUUCCGUGAGCCACAAGGCUUUCACUAAUAGCUGAGCGAAAACUGAAGCUUCACCUGAAAAUGGGUUCUGCCGAUACUCUUUCCAGGAUUGGGCUCGCUGGUCUUGCAGUCAUGGGCCAAAAUCUAGCACUAAACAUAGCCGAGAAAGGAUUCCCCAUUUCUGUAUACAACAGAACCACUUCCAAGGUUGACGAGACGGUGGAGAGAGCCAGACAAGAAGGAAACCUCCCUGUGAGAGGCUUCCAUGAUCCCAGAUCGUUUGUCCUCUCCAUCCAAAAACCAAGAGUCAUCAUCGUGCUUGUCAAAGCAGGUGCCCCUGUGGACCAAACAAUCCAAACCCUCUCUGUUCACAUGGAGAAGGGUGAUUGCGUUAUUGAUGGCGGUAACGAAUGGUAUGAGAACACAGAAAGAAGGGAGAAAGCCAUGUCCGAAUUGAGUCUUCUCUAUCUUGGCAUGGGUGUUUCAGGUGGUGAAGAGGGUGCUAGGCAUGGUCCUUCGCUUAUGCCUGGAGGAUCCUUUGAAGCUUACAAGAACAUUGAGGAUAUCCUCCUUAAGGUUGCUGCCCAGGUUCCGGAUAGUGGACCGUGCGUCACUUACAUUGGCAAGGGUGGUUCAGGUAACUUUGUUAAGAUGGUUCACAAUGGUAUCGAAUAUGGUGAUAUGCAGUUGAUUGCUGAGGCAUAUGAUGUGUUGAAAUCUAUUGGCAAACUUUCAAAUUCUGAAUUACAUGAUGUAUUUGCUGAGUGGAACCAGGGAGAGCUUUUGAGCUUCUUGAUUGAAAUCACUGCUGACAUUUUCAGCAUUAAGGAUGACAAGGGAGAUGGAUAUUUGGUAGACAAGGUUUUGGAUAAGACUGGGAUGAAAGGAACUGGGAAAUGGACAGUUCAGCAGGCAGCUGAACUAUCUGUAGCAGCACCAACUAUAGCAGCUUCUUUAGAUUCCAGGUUCCUGAGUGGAUUGAAAGAAGAAAGGGUGAAUGCAGCAAACGUAUUCAAGCAUGGUGGUCUUAGUGGUAUUCUGAGCAAUCAAUUUGUUGACAAAAGGAAACUGAUUGAUGAUGUGAGGCAGGCUCUCUAUGCUUCCAAAAUAUGUAGUUAUGCCCAGGGAAUGAAUUUGAUCCGUGCAAAGAGCAUUGAGAAAGGAUGGGAUCUAAAGUUAGGUGAGCUAGCAAGAAUUUGGAAAGGGGGCUGCAUAAUUCGUGCUGUCUUCUUGGACAGGAUCAAGAAGGCAUAUGACAGAAACCCUUAUCUAGCUAACCUUCUUAUUGAUCCUGAAUUUUCAAAAGAGAUACUAGACAGACAGGCUGCGUGGCGUAGGGUCGUAUCUCUUGCCAUAAAUUCUGGCAUCACCACUCCUGGUAUGUGUGCAAGUUUGGCCUAUUUUGAUACCUACAGAAGGGGAAGGCUUCCAGCAAAUCUGGUUCAGUCGCAACGUGACUAUUUUGGAGCUCAUACAUAUGAGAGGAUUGAUGCUUCCGGUGCUUUCCAUACCGAAUGGUUCAAACUGGCGAAGAAAUCAAAGAUGUGACGAUCCUCUCCUUAUUGAAUCUUGUGCUGAUGACAGGAAUAAUGGUAUGCCUGGUACUGUCAUGAAAAUGCCUUUGGUUGGUGUCAAAUGUCAAUUCUAGGUAGGAUGAACGUUGUUGUAUCUGCUUGGUUGCUUUUGCUUUUCAAGCCAAGCUGUCUCCAUCAACUUCUGUGUAAUGGUGGAGAUCGUAUUCUUCGUACUCAGAAUAAUAACUUUACUGCAAGCAAUAAAGUUAUGUGGCGAUUUUCAAUAGAAACUGACACAUCAGUUGGAGUGGAAUAGUGUACUGUCAGUUUAGAACGUUAGUGGCCAUAUUUGUGUGUCCAAAAUUCCGAACGUUUCAAAAUCAUAUUAAGCUUUUAUGU